AUGGCCAAGCAUCAUCCUGAUCUGAUCAUGUGCAGGAAGCAGCCAGGAAUAGCCAUUGGACGGCUUUGUGAGAAAUGUGAUGGGAAAUGUGUCAUUUGUGAUUCUUAUGUUCGGCCUUGUACACUUGUUCGUGUGUGCGAUGAAUGCAACUAUGGUUCUUUUCAGGGUCGCUGUGUCAUCUGUGGAGGGGUUGGAAUUUCUGAUGCUUACUACUGUAAGGAGUGUACUCAGCAGGAGAAAGAUCGUGAUGGUUGUCCUAAAAUAGUCAAUCUUGGAAGUGCCAAAACUGAUCUCUUCUACGAGCGCAAAAAAUAUGGUUUCAAGAAAAGAUGA